AUGGAGAGCGGGAUGCCGCUGUCUGGCAGGCAGCGAGCGCUGAUCCGGGAGAGCUGGAAGCGUGUGAGCGGCAGCCCCGAGCAGCACGGCCUCGUCCUCUUCACCAGGUUGUUUGACUUGGACCCUGACCUGUUGCCCCUUUUCCAGUACAACUGCAAGCAGUUUGCCAGCCCUCAAGAGUGUCUCUCUGCUCCUGAGUUCCUGGAUCACAUCAGGAAGGUGAUGCUGGUGAUCGACGCUGCUGUGAGCCACCUGGAAAACUUGUCCUGCCUGGAAGAGUACCUCUGCAACCUCGGCAAGAAGCACCAGGCUGUCGGUGUGAAGGUUGAGUCUUUCUCGACUGUUGGUGAGUCCUUGCUGUACAUGCUGGAGAAAUGCCUUGGCACUGCCUUCAGUCCAGAUGUGCAGGAGGCCUGGAGCAAACUCUAUGGUGCUGUGGUGAAAGCCAUGCGGCGUGGCUGGGACACCCUCCCAGAAGGUGACUAGAUCCUGCCAGGCAUCCCCAUCCCUGACCACGCAGCUGUCCUGGGCAGGGGAGUAGUCGCACUGUGCUCUUUGCCUCUCUCCACCUCUGUCUUUCUCUGUGCACCAGCCCAACACCAUCUUCUCCAGUCAUGCAUGGUUUGGGGCUCUCCCAGUGAUUCCACCUUGCUUUGACACAAUCACAUCUCUGCCUUUGCUAAGGGCUGGCAGGGUACGCCACUGCAGUGAAGCCUAGGAACACCACAGUACAGGUAUGCUGCCCUGCCCCAAGUUCCUUCAGGCUAGCUGGAGCACCCAUGUACCUACUCUGGUCUUUAGCUGGCUCAUCUUCCCCCUGCUUGCUGCCCACCCUAGUUAGAUGACAGCUAGCAUAGGCCUCUCAGGCUUAUUUGCCCAAGAUCCUAUUUGCUCAAGACUGUUCACUCCUCCUAUGCUGCUGUGCCCCAUUCAACUAUGGCAAUGGUGGAUUUGGCUCCCUGCAGGGGCAGAGGCAGCAGAGGGAGGAGCUGGCCAUGCCAUAUGGCUGUCGUCUCCAAACCAUGUGGGAACUUUUUCUCCCUCUCCUUUCAGCAGCACAUCACUACCAGAUAGUUAAUCAUCUCUUGUUUUGCCUCUCCCCUGGAUGAGAUCCAUGGCUUUUCCUUGUGACAGGUUGGCCACAACUCAGUGUAUUUCCUAGGGAUGCUUUGGGCAGCAGAAUCACAUUAAUCCCAAGGUGAGGCUGCUUUUAGCAGGUCUGGACUGCCAUCUGAAAGGCUUUGUGUUGGUUUGGCUGGUUGGUUUAUCCUCCAAGCCAGCUGAAAUGCAGCAGCAGUGGUGGCUCUUUACUGCUUUGUGUUAAGGAAAGUAAAGUAAAUACAAGGGAAAGAUGUCUUAAAAUAAAAACGAAGGUUGCAAUCAUGUCAUGGCAACAGCUUCCAGAAAUCAUUCCUGGCUCUUAGCCAGAGGAAGCAUAGCUGGAAUUUCUCUGUUGUUGCUGUCAGGACCUGGAGCACUUCCCAGCUGCACACAAUGCCCAUCUGCAGAGCUCCUUGCCCUUCAGUAAACCCUACCAGCCAUACUUCAGACACAGCCGAUUCAGAGCAAAGGGAGGCACCCAGUUAGGUGUGUGCAGCAGGAUGUAAAUGAAAAGACAACAUCUGCCAGAAGAAAUCAUAGGAAAUAACUGAAAGGCAGCACCUGAGGUCUUGGGGGCGGGGGGGAGCUGAACUUGAGCAUUUUGAAGAUGAGUUCAUCUUCAGGGGGAAGUAGCUGAGGGACAGGCAGAACCAUGCUUCCAGCCACUACUUGCUCCAGGGCGAGGACAUGGAGCAAGUGUUCAGUUACUGUUCAGACAGUGCCAUUUUUGCUGCUACUUCAGGACAGGAGGGCACUGGGGGCUGAGGGGUUUCUGUUCUAGAGAUGUGCUCAACACUCCAGAAGAGCAGGGGCUGGGGGGAAUCACUAGGUGUGAUGGAAUGGUAUGGGACAGGAGGGUUUGGCAAUAGGGACAUUCUCUGUAUAACCCUGUAUUGGAACAACAGCCUUCAGCAUCAUGGGGGAGAACCUUCUGGCUCUAUGUGAUAGGUAGGCAGCUGUGUGAUGGGUGGGGUGUGAUGUUACUGCCCCAAGCCAUCCCUGCUCCCUCUAGCUUUCCCAGCUCCUUGACUUCUCUUCUGUACCACAUCUCGUGUUAACUCCCAAGAGAACUGAACUAGUCUGUGUGCCUCUGAU